AUGUACCUCGCAACUCUUCUGGCGGCUCUUGUGGCGCUUUCCCCUUCUCUGGUCGCCGCGCAGGUCGUUGGUAAGGCCUAUGGUUUCGCGACCGGUGUCACUGGUGGAGGCUCUGCCAAAGCGACAGCGCCUUCUGACAUUGCACAACUCAAGACCUGGCUGUCUGACAGCACCGCGCGUGUCAUCCUGAUCGACAAGACUUUCAACUACAUUGGUAGCGAGGGUACCGUGUCCGAGAAGGGAUGCCGUGCCAAGUCCGGUUGCAACGCUAGCAACGGUGGACAAGACACCAUCGGCAAGGACUCGUGCGAUGCCAACGAGAGCGAGGUCGACGUCAAGUACGACAAGGCUGCGAAGACCCAACUCACUGUUGGCAGCAACAAGAGUAUCGUGGGUGUCGGCAGCAAGGGCAUCAUUCAGGGCAAGGGCUUGAAGAUUCCCCAGGGUACCAAGAAUGUUAUGUACGUGACCACGCCCCAGGAGACCUGUCCUUCAGUGACUAAUGUUGCGAAGCAUCCAGAACGUUCAUAUCACCCGUGUACUAUUGACUCACAACGACUUCAGGACCUGAACCCUCAGUACGUCUGGGGUGGCGAUGGCAUGAGCAUUGAGGGAGUGGACGGUCUUUGGAUCGAUCACUGCAAGUUUAGCAAGGCGGGCCGCAUGUUCAUCGUCUCUCACUUCAACCCGAGCACCUUUACCAUCUCCAACACCGAAUUCGACGGCGUGACCGCAUACUCCAACUCUUGCAACAAGAAUCAGUACUGGGGCACCAUGUUCGUCGCCGACGGAGACGAGGUGACUCUUGACAGAAACUGGUAUCACGACAUGUCUGGUCGCGCCCCCAAGAUCAGCGGCACCAGCACCACCGUACAAGCCGUCAACAACUACUUCUCCGACAACCUCGGCCACAACUUUGACAUCACCAAGGGCACCAACGUCCUGCUCGAGGGCAACGUCUUCUCCAACGCCAAGACCCCGAUCACCACCGACUCGAGCUCCAGCGGUGCCAACAUCUUCGACGUCCCUGACUCUGGUUCCAUCUCGACCUGCAGCUCUUCGCUUGGCCGUAACUGUGUCGCCAACUCUCUGUCCGGCAGCGGCGCUUGGCCUAGCCUCAAAAGCACUACAGCUCUGAGCGCCUUGGGCAAGAGUAAGGCCAACCUUGUCACCCCCAUUCAGGCUAGCAAUGUCAAGUCCACUGUGACGGGCAAGGCUGGCAUUGGCAAGAUUUAG